GUAUUGUAUUGUAUUGUAUUGUAUUGUAUUGUCUUGUAUUGCGUCUACCCCGUUUUAGCAGGCCUAUACGGACUGUACCUCAUAACCUACAUACCGAGUGACGGCAGUAUGUCUGCCUCAAUAAACGAUUCCGUGCCAACGGACCAACCCAGCGCCUUAAACUAUAUCCUCGCCUUCGUCGCCGUAGGCUGCGCCUGGGGAUUGACAACGCCCUUCAUCCGCCGCGCCGCGCGCACGCACAGCCCUGCGCCGCACCCCAUACUGGAGGCCGAGCACGUGCGAACCAGCUUCCUCCGGUCAAGGGUAUAUGGCGCCUUCUUCGCCGUAGUCGAUUUGUUGUGGAACCCGCGCUAUGCAGUACCUCUGCUGUUGAACUUGACGGGUAGCGUCUGGUUCUUUCUGUUAAUUGGCAAGGCUGAACUGAGCCUAACGGUGCCCAUUGUCAAUACCAUGGCUUUUCUAUUCACUGUCAUUGGCGAGUGGUGGGUUGAGAGCAAGGUCAUCAGUCGAGACACCAUGCUGGGGAUGCUUCUAUCACUUGGUGGCAUAGCAUUAUGUGUUCAAAGCAAGCUAUGA